AUGGCCGCGAAAAAAGAGUACCUGAAUGCGAAGGAUUUUGAAGCAGGACUCGCGGAGCUCGAUGCCGAGAUGGGCCGUUCUGAAUGGCUUGUUGCAUUCGCCCCGAUUCGAAUGAUCACGGCCGGCGGGUUCCUAGCCGUAUCCUAUUUUAAAUGUCGCGACAGCACGGGGGACCUUGAUUAUCUGAUCGAGCCGGAAUUUAUGGGAGACAAAGAUAUUCAAGGCGCCCUUGAAGCCGCUAUCAGUAAUGUCUCAUUUCGACUACACUACAAUGAGGACUGGGUCAAUCAAGCCAUGGCCAUCUUCGUCACCAAGAAAGCUCGACGGACGCUAUUCGAGCGGGCAGAGAGACAGGGCAUAACGUUGUUCAAGGGGAAGAACCUGGAGGUCCUCGCGGCUCCGAUCGAAUGGGCUUUGGAGCGCAAAUUGAGGCGAAUUCACGCCACGGACCGGGACAGGAAGGCGGAAUUGGAUAUGGUGGACGCAGUUACCUUCUUGAAACACAUGAGAGAACAUAACGGCGGGCCUUUGGACCUGGAAUUGAUCCGGACAAUGAACAUGAACCAAUUUGACGUGAUUCCGGAUCACCAGACAUUGUUGCAAGUGGCCGACGCAUACCGCCUGAGGUACAAGGAGGAGGUCUUCAAAUAG